AUGUCGCGCAUCGAAGAGCUCCCGGACGACUUCGACGAGUCGCUCAAUCUCAACGAGGCGCCCCCAGCGGCUCAGGAUCUCCCGCAGCCCGGUUUCGAUGCCUUUGCCCCAUCCAACGAGAUUCCCUUCCCGAUCAACGAGGAGAGGCUGAAGGAGGUUGAAAAUGACCCGAAUGCGCCCAAGAUGCCACCGGCCAUGGCAUCGGUCAAGUCGCAUUCCAAGGAGGAGCUGUUGAAGAUGAUGAAUAAGACUCCGCUGUUCAUGACGGAUCUUGAAAAUGCGGGUGAUGAGAAUGGCGAAAAUAUGCUUUUGGAUGCGCUGCAAGCUAUGCAGAAUGAGGGCACUCGUGCCGAGGUUGCGCAGACCUUCAAGGAGCAAGGAAACGAAGCCGUCCAAGAACUACGAUGGAUCGAUGCGAAGGAAUUCUACUCAAAAAGUAUCGCGGUCAUAUUUGCCAAGGUCGACAAGUGGGAGAAGCCCGAGGACCCCAAGGCCGAACAAACUCUCCUGCGCAAGUUGGAGGAAGUAUCACACAUCAAUCGUGCGUUGUGUAACUUGGAGCUGGGGAAUUACCGUGGUUGCACUCUCGAUUGCGCCGCCGCACUCAAAGUCAAUCCCAAGAACAUCAAGGCCUUCUACCGCUCGUCGAUGGCCCUUCUGAAGCUACACAAGGUUACCGAGGCGGAGGAUUCCGCUUCUCGAGGACUGGCCAUCGACCCCGACAACAAGGCGCUCCAGACCGCUGCAUCGAAGAUUGCCGAGCGCAAGGCCGCUAUGGAACGCGCCGCCGCGAAAAGAAAGGCCGAGGAGGAGACGGCGCGCAAGCAAAACAUGGUUCUGGGAACCGCUCUGCGUGCGCGCCAGAUCCGAACCCGCAAGACCAACCAGCCGCCGGAGCUGGAAGACGCCGGCAUCAAGCUGGUCCCGGACCCUCUCUCGCCCGAAAGCACGAUCGAGUUUCCAGCCGUCCUGCUGUACCCUAUGGAGGCGCAGUCGGACUUUAUCAAAGCCUUUUCCGAGAUGCAUUCCAUCGCGGAUCAUUUGGAAUAUAUUUUCCCGCUGCCGUGGGAUUCUAAGAAGGAGUAUUCGAUGAAUAAUGUCGAGUGCUUCAUGCAAACUGUCUCUGGGGGUUUGAUCAAGGCGGGCAAGAAGGUCCCCUUGUUGCAGAUCCUCUCUGGUGGUAAGGUUGAGGUCCUCGACGAGCUUGUGCGAAUCUUCGUGGUGCCGAUCGCCAAGACCGGUGCUUUUAUUGCUGCGAUGAAGGCGCGGAAGGAGGGUUGA